CAUAUUUUCAAAUGAAUGGUGCAAGAAUUUGUAUUGUCCUCUUCCUCUUCCUCUUGAGAAAGAAAAACCCAUCAAUGGCUUCUUCAACAAGCUCCCAUGUUGUCAUCUUCCCUUUCAUGGCUCACAGCCACACUCUUCCAUUGAUAGGUCUCUCAAAAGCUCUCUCUCAUCAACAAGUAAAAGUUACCAUUGUCACAAUCCCAUCAAAUUCAAAAUCCAUCUCUUCCAAAAUCCAAGGUUUCCCCCUCAUAUCCCUUGUUGAGCUCAAUUUCCCUUCCAUUGAUGGCCUUUCCCAAGCUUCCCAUUGUCAAAACCUCUCAAAAAUCCCUUCAAUGGAUUUCUUCAUCUCCUUCCUCACUGCCACUACCCACCUUCAAACCCCUUUCCAACAGUUCCUCCAAUCCAUGGCAGAAUCCGGCGACCGCCCUUUAUGUGUCGUCACCGACUUCUUCCUCAGUUGGACCCUCGAAAUUUGCAGAAGAUUCGACAUUCCGAGAUUAGCCUUCCAUGCCACUGGUGUUGUGUCAUUGCUCAUCACCAAAACCAUUAUGGCCAAUACAGAUUACACAGCUUCUUCUUCCUCAAUCUCUGAUCUUCUCCACCAACUCUUGCCUAAUUUGCCGUUCCAUGUAACCGCUGCCGAUGUCCCGGAAGUCAAUAUACCGCCGAACACUGACAUUAACCCAUUCAGCAAAUUCAUGGCGGAGGCAGAGGAAGCUGACUUGCAUAGUUGGGGGGUCAUCGUCAAUAGCUUCCUCGAGCUUGAAAUCGACCACAUUCCGCUAUUGGAGUCCUUUUACUCAAAUGGGGCGAAAGCUUGGUGUAUUGGUCCAACUUCUCUCUAUGGACAACAAACAAACGCAUCAAAAGACACCAACAAUCAUCACAACGAAGACGACACUAUUUCCUUAAUGAAUUGGCUUGACGCACGUAAGGCGGAGGCGGGGGCGGCAGCGCCGGUGAUAUAUGCGGCGUUCGGAACGCAGGCGGUGCUGACCGACGCUCAGCUAGAGGCUGUGGCACUUGGAUUGGAGGAAUCCGGUUGCCCAUUUGCGCUGGUCAUUCGGUCGAACACUUGGUGUGCACCAAAAGAAAUUGGGUCAAAAGGAAUGAUUGUGAGGAGGUUUGUGGACCAAACGGGGGUGCUAUUCCACAGCGCGAUCGGGGGAUUUCUGAGCCACUGUGGGUGGAAUUCGGUGAUGGAGAGUUUGGCGGCGGCGGUGCCGAUUCUGGCGUGGCCCAUGAUGGCGGAGCAGAAGCUGAAUGCGAAAUAUGUGGUGGAAGGGCUAGGGAUUGGGAUUGGUAUAGAGAGAGUGGAAAAUGGGAAUCCGUUUGUUUCUCGGGAAAAAAUCAGUGCAUGUGUGAAAGAAUUGAUGGUCGGAGAAGGAGGGAAAAAGGCGAGAAAAAGGGUCGGAGAGUUGGGAAUGCUUGCUCGGCAGGCGGUGGAGGACGGCGGUUCGUCGUUCGCGACUCUGAAGAAUUUGCUUCAAGAACUCGGUUCAGCCCGCUAGGGGGGGUUUAGUAAUAACACGUCGGGAAUCGAAUAAAUAAGAACAUUUAUGAAAUUAAGAAUGGCUUCAAGUUCACGUUAAACUUCAGAGACCUCCAAAACAAUCAGCCCCUCACGGCUUCGGCUCAACCUCAUAACUCCAAAUUGUUCGUCUCCAUCUUUGCUGUCGCCGUACCUUCCUUGUCGCUGUUGUAACAUCGUGCCGUCUCCAUUGUAACAUUAUUGUCUUUGUCUUCGUUUUCGUAGUUCGUACCAUCUUGGUGUCUUCAUCUCUUCUUAUUUCCAAUUUUGUAGUUUGUACUCUGACCAAUGUUUUCGAAAACAUUGGCCUGGACCUCUUUAGUACUCUGAUUCAUCUCUAAGCUUUGCCUUUUUUUGAAAAAAAAUUCAGAUCUCCACUUCUUGCUUCCCAAUUUUCAGAUUUCUAGUGACAGGUUUCAAGAUUUAUAAAAAUGUAUUUGUGUGCUUUAUUUAUUUCUUUUAGAAUUUGUGUUGGAUUGUUGGUGGAUUUUUUUUGUUACUUGUGUUGGUGGUUGUUUUAGAUUUAUCUACUUGCUUCGUUUAUUGAUUGUGUACACUAAAUAACUAUAAAUGGUCUUAGAUUUGUUUUUUUUUUCUUUACUUGGUGAUUGUUCUGUUUUUAGUCUUUGACUAUAGUUUCUCAAUUUUUUUAUAAAUUAUGGACAACAGUAGUGGACAUCUUAGUCAAAUUAGUCCUAGUCCUGCUCGUCCUUAUGUCGUUGUUAACACAAUUGAAAUUAGGAAUUCAAGUAAACCACCAUUACCUACUAAGAAAAGGCCUAGAUCCACCAAGACAACCUCCACUGUAUGGGAUCACUUCACAAAGUUGGAAAAAAUAGUAUUAGAUGCACGUGCAAUUAUUGUGGUAAAAAGUUUUGUUGUGAUACUAGCACAUUAUGGAAACACAUAAAAAAAUCAGUGUAAGAAGCAUCUAUAUAAGGAGGAAGAAAAAGGACAAGCUAUUUUGACUCUUCAACCUUCUAAUGAUGGAAAAUGUGGUAGUAAUUUUGUGACUAUAUUUUUUAAUCAACAAGCAUGUAGAGAAGCGUGUGCUAAGAAGUUGAUUGUUGAUGAAUUGCCAUUCAAAUUUGUAGAGAAUGAGAGGUUUUAGAUUUCUUGUCCUAAGUUUGAUCCUCCUUCAAGAGUAACACUACAAGAAUUUUGGUAAUUCCCGACGACCAAAAAACGUCAGCAGUUUCUACCACUCCCGACGGUCCAGACAAGGGAUCGGGAAAAAAUUACUCUCAACGGUCCACGAACAGAUUGUCGGGAUUUGGAAUUUUCCCGACAGUCCACGAAUAGACUUUAGGGCUUUUUAAUCUCUCCCGAUGGUAAGCAAACACCGUUGGGCAUUCUGGUUUAAACCCGACGAUUACUACUCGACCGUCAGGUGCGGUGUGCAGAAUCUAUUGUGAUUUGUUAAGCUCCCCCGACGGUCAGCGCGAAAGCGUCGACUUUUCAUUAUAAAGGUCGAUGACUCCAUGCAACUGUCGAGAUUCUUUCUAAGUUCUAAAAUAAAUAUUUAAAAGUUUUUAUGGGAAUUGAGGAAUCUGGUGAGGUAGGAACUGUCGGGAUAGGUCGAACUCCCAACGGUGUUUAGUCGAUCGUCGAGAUUUCUAAGAAAUAUAAAAAUAUUUUUUUGGGAAUUUGGGAAGGUUCCUUCGACGGUGGUAUCAGGAAACCGUCAGUCGUUAUUGUAUUCUCGACAGUGUUCAGUCAACCGUCGGGGAUUCUAAUUUUUCUUUUGGGAAUUGGUGAUUUUCUGCCGACGGUCAUGUUAGAAAACCAUCGGGCUUGAUAAGUUUGGUCGACGGUUUAGAAGUGACCAUCGGGAUUGCUUACAUAUAUCACGACAGUUGUAGACAACCGUCGGGAAAAAUGCGAUUUAAAUCCCCGAUUCUUCUUCUUCUUUUUCCUCUCGCCAUCAUUCUCUCUCUCACCGUCUGCCGCCAUUUUUCCCCUCUCACUGUCCAUUCGUCCCCUCUGGUAGCGGUUUCUGUCUGCUCGUUCCCUCUGGUAGUUGUCUGUUCGUUCCCUGGCCGUCAGUUCGUUUCCUCUGGCAGUCGCUCCCUAGUCGUCCGUUUGUUUCCUCUGGCAAUUGGUCCGCUGUCCGUUAGUUCCCCAUCUCGCUCGUUGGUUUAUUCUCUCACCGUUCGUCGCCGUCUCCAAUUUCCCCCUACCCGGAAAGG